AUGAACCGCGAGCACGUGAACCCAUUCGGCGUCGUCCUCUCCACACCACGUCGUCAAUACCAAGUGGGGCGUAUCAUCAACUCCAGCUUCCCCACCCCAUGGCGUCCGUUCCUCGAAAACCGUGACAGCCCGAUGAAGGCCCUGAUGGCAUGGGUUUAUGAUACCGAGCUGAAAAUAUUCCAACGGUCGGCGUACUUGGAGGAUUAUAGUCGAAUGGUGGGGGAGACAAUGGUCGGAGCGAUUGGGGUGGAUCAGGAGAUUAAAUCGCAACGAGUCGGAUCAUUUGGAAUGAUUCAUCCGAGUAACCCCGCCUUCCAACUGUCCCAACUCCUCUGCACCCUUAUCCAAUUCUGUCGGAAAACCGAUCACACCGAGUUGGCCGAUUGCAUGCUCCAUGCCACCUGUGGUAUGAUGGUCCUCCCUCCGCCCUAUCGAUCCGUACACCGGAUCCGUGACGGUUAUGACAUAACGGAGCUGCGUCAAAGUACGGUAUUCCGACUGCUCAAGUACAUCUUCCCUGAGCCGUUUGACGACGGAAAGCACUAUGUGACGACGGAACUCAUGAAGUUUGGAUAUAUGGUUGAGAGACAGGUGUUUUUGAGAGCGGAGGUGGAAACCGAUUACCAGGAGUCGAUUGAUCAUAUUGUAAUGCAGACGAAGAAGUUGAAGGAGGACGAGAACGUGUAUUUGGAUCAGAUUGCUCCCUACCCAAUAGACCAGGAGCUCGUGGAUCGUAUGGAGGCUCAAGCAUUUGCUCAACUUCGUGAAAUGAUCCGAAGGCAACAUGAACAUCAUCAACAAUAUAUGGCACGUAUUCAGGCAGUGGCGCUGGUGGAUGAGGAGGAAGAAGAAGAGGAGGAAGAGGAAGGAGAUGAGGAAAUGGAAGAAGAGGAAUUGGAGGAGGGAGAAGUCGGCCCACAGUACUUUGAUUAUUGA